GCCAAUAUUUUCUUCCCUAGUAUUUAGAGAUAGAGGUGUUAGAAGAUUCACAUUGAGCCAUUAUGGCGCGUAAUACCGUACAGUUUCAUUUCCUUCCAGCCCUCUGCAGGUUUUUUUCCCUCCCCUGCGCGUUCACGUCGCGAACGUCCCCCCCUAGUGGCCAGAGGACGCCCCUGCGCCCUCGCAGCUUCAGCGCCUCGCUCUAGCGGCGAGCAAGAGGAAUGUCUCCCGCCGCGGCUCCACCGCUCUCUGCCUUUACGCUCGUCAGACCCGACAUCCGAGGGAGAGGAGCAAGCCGCCAUUUUCUUAGCGUCGCACUCCCAGAAACGGAAAAAAUACAUAUUACCUACACAGAGACCGAGAAAGGGACGCAGAUUUUGUAGAGACCGAGCAUGGGAAGAGGACGGCCGAAUGGAAGACCGUUUUGAAUUAGCCCAUUUUUUGUGUGUUUUUUUGUGUUUUAUCGAGCACUGUUUCUUACUCGUCGUUUCGCCCAUUUCGUGAAUCCGAGACGGGAGCGACCCGGGGGUGUCGAACAAAAAAAGAAGCUCCACCGCGAGGACUCUGGCUGGAGCGGGGAUUUAAUUUCUUUAUUUUCGAUAUAUUUUCCUGGGUGCAUUUUGUGUUCGUGGUUUUGUUGUUUUUUUCCCUGAAACCGGGGGGAAAUUGUUGCAGAAAUUCCCCCGGACUCCGCGCCUCAUCACGUGGCUGUCCCCCAACGAGGCAGUAGGUGGGUGGUGUUGGGCGAGCCUCGGCACUGAGAGAGCUCGCCGCACCCAUCUCUCUGCGCUGCAUGGCUGCGAUGGCGCCCGCUCUUACCGACGCGCCAGCCGAAGCUCACCACAUCCGCUUCAAACUGGCUCCUCCAUCCUCCACCCUCUCUCCGGGAAGCGUGGAAAACAACAGCAACGCCAGCAACAUUCUGAUCUCGGGCAACGUCAAACGCAAGGCCGCCGCCCCCCCCAGCGAAGAGUGCUCCCUGGACUUCCGGGGCAGCAGCAACAACAAGAAGGAAGAGCAGCAGCCCGUCGAGGGCCCCCCGACCCCCUUGGCGAAGCUGCAGCCUCUGGUGGCCUCUUACCUGUGCUCUGAUGUGACUUCUGUCCCCUCCACUAAGGAGUCCCUUAAGCUACAAGGUGUCCUCAUAAAGCAGUCUGUCCUGAAAACACAAGGUAUCUUGCCUGGCUCCUAUUUCAGUGGGGACUUCCUGCCCCGGAAGCACCAGACUCUGGAGCUCUGUGGAGAGCAGCUCAAGAGCCUCAUGAGCAGCAGUGGCCAGCCCACGGCUCCUCCCCCCUCACAAACCCCUGUCAAUGGCCUGGCCAGGAAGCAGGCGCGGACCAGCAUUGACAGAGAGUCCGCACCCUCGCUCAAUGGAGGCCAGCCGGAGGCCGGGAGGGACUCCCCUCCACGGGAGGCCGAGCCACUCUCUGCCCAGGAAGACCUUGCUAGCCGGACUCUCCACAAAGGGGGUACGGAGCAGCGGCCGCAGCCAGCUGGCCUUUCGUGUAACGUGGCCAGUAGCUCAGAGCAGCCGGCCGGCCCCGCUGCCUCCGCUGUGGUCUCCGCAGUACACGAGUGCCUUGAUGUUAAGCCAGAAGUAGUCGGCAGCCCCUUGGCGGCACCUGUGAGGGAGGGUGAGGGGGCGGCAUGCUCCUCGCCCGCGGAGCCGCAGGCGCAGCUGGACAUCCGAGAACGUACCCUGCAGAGCCAGAGUCGCCAGGGCGAGAUCGAGGGCCGGCUGCGUCGCCUGCGGAAGCGGCUGCAGGUGGUGCAGGCAAAGCAGGUGGAGCGACACAUUCAGCAGCAGCUGAGUGGCCUCCUGCACACGGCUCUUGGCAAGAUGCCCAGCCUGGAUGCUCUGCGCCGACGUAGCCCAGCCAUCCUCACGCGCAAGACGGAGGCGGCGCUGUGGCGGGCGGCUGCCGAGGCGGGCACGGGCGACGGCCUGGGUCGCUUUCUGCGGGAGGGCACAGUGCCCCUGGAGCUGGAUCGCCUCUCCCUGAGUGGCGUGGCUAACCUGCGCUCUGCCGAGAGCGCCUUCGACUCAGACGUGACUGAGAGCAGUUCAGGAGGCGAGACCGACGUGGAGGAGGAUGAGCUGACCAAGGCUGACAUCAACCAGUGCCAUAUCUCCAUAUGGAGGAGAGCAGAGGGGCGCUACGCCACAGAGAGGGCCUCCAUCAUCAGCCACUGGAACUGGCUUCAGGCUCAGAUCUCCGACCUGGAGUACCGCAUCCGGCAGCAGACGGACAUCUACCGCCACAUCCGAACCAACAAGGGAUUGGUUGAGCUUGGAGACCUCGCCCCUUGUGACACGUCCCUGGAGGAUGGUGCAGAGCUGAAGGGGCAGUUCGAACGCGUGGAGACCGUGGACUGCCAGGUCAUACUGGAUCGGAGGUCGGAGGGCAGUGAAGGCAUGGCGCCAGCCCAAAGUCCCUCGGCAGAAUCCGGCCUGUGGAAAGGCUAUGACUCUGGGAGGCAGGUCAACGGCGUCAUCAACAGCACCUGCGUUGCUGCCCGCACACGGCCUCUGCUCAGCUGGAAGAAGCGAAGGCUCGUCCGUCCCAGCACAGUGACCAACCUCCACCGCAAGGUCCAGAGAGGCCCCACGUCUCGCAGCCCCUGCGACGUCAACUCCACAUGUGUGAUGUGUGGUGGCCGGCUCACCCCCAGCGCUGAAUUUCAGUUUGACCGCCCCCUGCUGGAGCGACUGUCACAGUUCGACCCCUGCAUCCACCCCAUCUUGUCCUUCAAUGAUGACGUCUGCAUGAACCUGCAUCUUCAGCGGGUUCUGAAGACCCACUGGCAGAACAAGCCCCUGGAGAGGAGCAAGCCGCUGAAAAAGCUGUCCCUGAAACACAAGGUGCCUCUCGGCAGCCGGCUUCUCGACCCCCCCUCCAAAGACAAACACAAGCUGGCCAACUCGCUCCUCGCCGCCGUCAGGUUCCACAAGCUCCGGCCCGAGAAGCUGCACCGACAGCAGCUGGACAGCCUGCUGAGCGAGUCCCGCCUGGAGGGUCGGGCACUCUGCAAGGCGGAGCGCACCCAGGGCCCCUCACUUGGAGCCUUCGACAGGGGCCACAGCCGCAAGAGGCCCCGGGAUCAUUCCAUGGAGAGGCCAGAUGUCACCUCCAAGCUCUUCAUGGACACCGGCAGUCCCUGCUCGUCACUGACCAGCCUGCACACUCCCACGCACAGUCCCCUGAUGAGGCAGCUAUCCGCAUCUUCCGAGAGCUCCACGCACCUGGGGCCCGGCAGCCAGAGUGCCACCGCCACCCCACAGCCAAUCAGGAGGCGGCGAGGGGAGAGCUCGUUCGAUAUCAACAACAUUGUAAUCCCCAUGUCGGUGGCUGCCACCACACGAGUGGAGAAGCUGCAAUACAAGGAGAUCCUGACCCCCAGCUGGCGGAAAGUGGAUAUCUUUGCACAACCAAUCGCAGAGGAGGAUGAAAGCGUUGAGAUCGAGGACCUGUCAGACUCUGCUUUUGCCCAGCUGCACCAGCCGUGCGAGGACCAGGAGCGCUCCCGCUGGACCUGGGUGGCCAGCGCUCCUGCCAAGAGGAGAGGCAGCAGGUCAUACAAGUCCCUGGACGGGCGAACGACACCCCUGCUGGGAGGCACCAACCCGUCCACGCCACAGCCCGCGUCUCCCGACCUGCCACAUUUCCACGUGCUGCAGGACUACGGCCCCGUGCCGUCGCCGCACAGUCCCGCCAGCCCAGACCUGCUGUCCAACCCCCACACUCCCUGCUCCAGGGACUCCCAGCGGCUUCAGUCCAGUGAGGACACCAGCUGCUCCACCCCCGACUUUACCUUUGAGGAGCAGACUGUACAGCCGUUUGAACGAAGGAACUUCCCUCUGGUGGAGGACCCAGGCGAGGAGCAGGAGGACCCGGGCAGCCUGGAGAGCGAGCGGCAGAGUCGGGGCAUCCGCCGAAUCUCUGGGAGCCGGUUGAGCUUGUCCAGGUCUGAAUCGGAGAACGGGCCCUCCUCACCUUUCCUCGAGGAGAGCUGCAAGCAGAAGCCCGCCCCCACCCAACGAUGAAAAAGACAAGGCUUUUGUCUGCCACCAUGUCCCUGCCACCCCCCAUCCCCCACCCUUGUGCCCCAACACAGGCAUUAAAAUAAAGAAACUCAAAGCUAAAACAAAAAAAAGUAAAUAAAAAUGGAAUCCUGUUGUUUGAUAUUCAAACAUCAGUCAAAUUUUUUCACAGUUUUUAGUGAACAUACAGACUCUAUAAAUGUUUUUAAUCUUGUUUUGUUGCAGGGGAGGCAAAUGUUUGAGGAUGGGUGGGGGGGCGGGCUUGCAGAAAGCAAGUGGGAGCCUAGAAGACGACAUGGAGCUCAGUGUUGUUCUCUGGUGUGUUAAGUGUACACUUGUAGCGCACUAUGUAGCUGGCUUCUCCAAGGGGCUUGGUCUGUGGGCUGUGUUCUCUCCAUUACUUGAUGUCUGUGACCCCUCCCCCCCACAUAGGUUUAAAGUUCCUUUAAAACAAAAAAAAAAAAAAAAAGUCGGGGAAUGAAACUCCCGUAUAUAACCAUGACAAGCACGUAUGAGGCGUUGUUUCCUUUUAAGAGAACAUGUCUGUGAUGGAUGCAGCCUUCUGGGGGUCACUUCAGCACUUGCAUUUCACAGUAGGUAUAGAUUGGCCUGGGUAACAGGGCCUCUCUGGUCCACUGUUCUCCAUUCCUGGCUGUCAGCCAUAAUUUUGAUGUUUGUGUUUUGUUUUUUUCCCCCCCAAACAUUAAACAUUAUUAUCCAGCUUUGUAUUGUUUCUUUUUUGUCAGUAAAGGAAGUGUUUCUGUUGCCCUCAGAUAUGAUCUGGGCUCUCUACCUUGCAUACUUGUAUGAGAGUUUGGGAGAUCCUCCGCAGCCUCUGUGGGGGAGUUGUCCCACAAGGGGGCACUGACUAGCGCAGAAGAUGCACUUCCAGAAUUAGUUUUAAUUUCAUAAUUGCUUCUAACUCAAAGAUAAAUGGUCCCCCCCCCCCCCACUUUUAUCUUAGUAGAUUGCACUAUUGGGGAGAUGAUGUUGUGGAAGAAGAAAGCUGGGAGAUGAUAGAAUGUUUCUUUAUGCUUGUUUUCUUUUUCCCCUCCUGUCAUGUUUGUGGUGUGAUUUCUUCUGCUGCCCUGUUUUUUUUUUUUUUUGUUCCUCUUAAGUGUCGUUGGUUCCUUCGCGCUCAGCUCAGACGUUCUCUCUCAAAGGAAACCGUGUCACACGUAGCACCUCCAUUCUGAAUGACGCCCAGACCUCAGGUUGCAGAAUUUAAGGGAAAAGGUGGUCAAUACUCAGAGGCUACAGUAUUUUCCCUAGUGUUUUACUAUUUAUUGUAGUCAAUAUGAUUGCAAGAGACUACUUGGCUGCACAGUUUUUGUCGCCCAGCAUUCUGUCAAUUAUCAUAAAAAGUAACACAUUAAAGCACUAUUACCUUUUUAGUUGCAAAUUGCUAUGCAAUCCAAAAUUUAUUAUAUAUACAUAUACAAAUUGUAGGUUAUAUUUUUUGCCUCAGUUGUGAAUAUCCUUUCAAUCCUGUAUCACUGUACCUUUUGUAGUUGCGCGAGACGGGUUGAACUGUACAAAUUUGUGUUGCAGCAGUUAACGGAAUCAGUUAUGAGAAUUGUUUUGUAAAUAGUACCAUUAAAACGAUUCAUGUUCAAACUUGCCUGAGUUCUGGGACUUAUUUGUUGGGUUUUAUUGGAUCGGCUGGGGGGGGGGGGGGGGGAUCACUCCACUGUAAACCCAAAGUUAUAGAAGGAUCAUUCUGCAGUUAUGCAAUUAUCCAUGUCCUUUGUUUUCCCUGUUGCUGUAUAGUUUGAAGUGUAGAUUGGUGAGCUCAUGUAAAGGCAUUGGGGUGAAGUUUUGUGUCGUCCUGGACCAAGUCCCAAACCACGAGAAUGCAUCCCACCCCCCAACCAAAAAAAAUAAAAAUUGGCUUUGACUACAGCAGGGAUUGAAAUGCCUCUAUGAACCGUGGAGCUGGGGAACAGAGUUGGAUGGGUUGGGUUUGGGGUCAUGCUGUAAUGUCUGUAGUCGAACCGUCAGUUCCCCUGAGGCUGUCCCUGGCAGGUCUCUUCUCAUGGGAGUCGUACUUAUGCAGAAGUGCUCUGAGGGCAGAAGGAACAAUGAUUGGUUCUGAUAGAUCCAAGCAAAACAUCUGAUUGGUCGGUCCCACCUACUCCACAAUCUGAUUGGUCAUCUUUCUGAACCAAUCGUUCCUUCUGCCCGCAGAACAUUUUUGUGUAAGUAAAACUCCCAUGAGCUAAGUCUCUCCUAGAUUCAUCACUCAGGGUCACUGUUGGGGAAGAAUGCUUAGGUUUUUUUUUUUCUUUACUUCCCCAUCUUUCUUCUACCCCCAACCAAACGCUGUUCUUCCAGUUAUCAGGUUCAUGGUAUAUUUUUCUUAGAUUUUGUUUUAUUCUGUCCCAGACACUGUCAGCACCUGAGUAAAUAUUCUCCUGGCAAUAUGAUGGGACCAUAAGUACCCAUACUGUUAUUUUAUGACUGUUUGCUAGAAUCAAUGGAAUAUAUAGACAUUAUAUGAAAUGUAUAAUGUAUGAUUAGUGUUAAAAAGCCUAUUGUAUUGUGUGGGUUAACAUGUAAAUUAACACUUAGGAUUGCUAAUGUGGUGUAUAAUUUGAUGUAUGAGAGUUUGGUACAUUCAUCAGGCCUUGUGCAAAAAAAAUUUAAAUAUGUUUGAUUCCUUAAAGAUGUUAUUUGAUGUUCAGGUGACGGCAGACCUAAAUGAACAGGAAGAACUUUUGGGGAACCUUUUGAAAACUUUUGAGGCGUAUAUUUGUAAUGAAUACUUAGCAAUCAUGGGGGAGCAGUAUUUUUGCUUCUCAAUAUUAAACCUAUAUUGUAGCACA